AAAAUCUCUGCAUAUAUAUAGAGCACGCAGGUACACAAGAGUGGUUCCAUUUCUGUGUGUACUGUGCUAAUAUUCGUGGAAAUCGCCAUGGACAAGCAAUCGGCGGCUCAGUUGGGUGGGUACCCACCGCAGGCAUCCUCCGACCAUCUGCGUGAGAAGCAACAACAGCAGCUGGAAAUGUUCUGGACUUACCAGCGCCAACAAAUCGAGAAUGCUAAUGAAUUCAAGAAUCAGCAACUUCCUCUUGCCCGUAUAAAGAGGAUCAUGAAAGCUGAUAGGGAUGUCCGUAUGGUCUCCAGUGAAGCUCCUAUGUUGUUUGCGAAGGCUUGUGAGUUCUUCAUUUCGGAACUCACCACUCGUUCUUGGCUUCACGCCCAGGAAAACAAGCGAAGGACUCUUGAUAAGAGAGACCUCGAGGACGCGAUUUCGAGGGAUGAGAUUUUUGAUUUCCUUGUUGACGUUGUUCCUGGUGAUGAGAACGAGGAAGAAGCUGCUGGUAUUGGGCCAGGCAUGGUGGGCUCCACAGAAAGUGGUGGGCCCUUCUAUUACCCUCCAAUGGGCCAGCCUGCUAUGCCGGGGGUUGAUCUGUCAAUGUACCUCCAGCCUCCGCCACCGCAGGAGCCUGCUGCUGCUAGUGGACAGGAUAACCCUGAUGAUCAAAGUUAAAGAACAUGUUCGCUGCUGAUCUGGAUGCUUAGUGGCAGAAAGGAACCUAUUAGUUACUAAUGCUACAGGUCCUCUCAAAUGUGAACGCACCUUAUUGGUACUGUCCAUGGAUACCUGCUUAAGUGUAAUGACUUGAAUCCUUUAGUCGUUGUCUUGUCUGUCUAAAACUGUGUAGUUUAUCUGAAUGCUGAUGGAGUUCUGGUUUUCAGUAUUAUUAUAAACUGACCUUUCUACCCACAA